UGUAACACUUCCAUGAUUGUCUUUGAUUUCAACGUUUGAUCUUGAUCUUAGGGGAGGUGUUACGGUUCGACAUGUGUGUGCACAUCUGUGCAGCCAUCUUUAUAUAUACAUUUCAGUUGUGCAAUCCUUCCUAUGUGUUGAGGCUUUCAAAACAUGAAUCAAGCAGGAUCGCUGUUUAUAGCACAUUGACUAUCACUUCUUCUUUGCUCAAUUUUUUUUUCAGUCUCCUUCCCUUGAAAUAAUUUUUUUUUUUUUGUAUUUUACCCACCCCACCCCAUCACUUUUCUAAUCGUCCGACCCUUACAACAAUUCCAUUGGGUUUACGUGACACAAAGAUCAAUAGCUGUCAAUCAGAGCGCCGAUAUGAUCGUCAUCAAACCUUGUAGGAAUGUGUCAUAAUUUACUUUCAUAUCUUAUCAGAUAUUUAUGGCCGAAGUUCUAUCAACAAUACCAUUACUGCCACAAUGCAUUCGUCUGUUCAGUUUUCCAUGAACGCGGUAAGAAGCUUUCCUGAGGCACAGUUUGCGUGGAAAGUGAGAAAACAAGGAAAUCAUAAGCUAGACGAGAAAAUUGUUGAUGGAGAGAGUAACGGAAGACUGCUAAUCUCCCAGAGUGGUCAUCUUUAUAUUAUUGGCGCCCAGAGAGCGGACACUGGAACUUACACAUGUGUGGUGUCGAAUCCAUUGAUUGAGGAGGUCAUCACUGUUGAGUUUUUGUUGACGGUUUUAGAAGACGCUGUUGACCAACACUUGUCAUUUCUCCUGCCACCCGUCAGUACAGAAACAACCGCUGGAGCUGCUAAGGUGGUGUUUGAGUGCAUUGUGGCAACCGAAGUGAUAGGGAGCAGCCCACAGGUACCUUCCAUCACAUGGCACAAAAACGAUUCAGAGCUAGAUCCUGUUCACGACCCUAAGUACUCUUUCCCUAAUGGAGGCAACUCGAGGCAUAAACUCAUCAUUAACCAACUGGAAUUUAAGGACGCUGGUUGGUACUACUGUGUUGCUUCAACAAGGUCUGACUUCAUCACCUCCCCACCAGCUCAGCUAAUUGUUAAUCAAAAACCAGCCCUUCCAUCUUUCAAGCGGAGAUUUCCUUCAGUAAUCAAACCCUAUACAGGAACAGAUGUUACAAUUGACAGCCAUGUAUCGGUUGGUAGCAUUACUUGGUACAAGAACGCAGUAAAGAUUCACUCCUCGUCCCAGAGUCCCAGACUGUCUGUGGUAACCAAUGGCAGUCUCCUCGUACGUAACGUGUCAGAGGCAGACGAUGGUCUUUAUCAAGCCUUUGCUAGGACAUCCGUGAAUGAAAUUAGUUCACCACCUGUUCAACUUCAUGUAGUAGGUCAGUAAAAUUUCUCCUUGUCCCUGACAGCUGCGACCUCCCAAAAAUAAUCAACUUCGUUAUUAGACUGUUCAGGUACGUUAUUACAUUCUUCAUCGUGAUCAUCAAUGUAUAAGACCAUAUGCGCAGUUAAGGACGAGCAAAGAUGAGAGAGCUUAGUUUAUUUUGCAGAGCCACAUUGUAACUGUUUUGUUUUGUAAUACAGCACGGAGUCCUCUGCGGCCUACGUAUCCCACGACUUUGGUUUCUUCUAAAGUAAUUUCCACUGAAAGUUUAACUACAAAUGAACCAAGUAGAGUUCCUAUGAUAACUGUUCCUGCACAGCAGUCUACAACAAAUGCUCACGUGACCACUAAACAGCAGUUCACAACAGGCACUCACAUGACCACUAAACAGAAGUCCACGACAGGCACUCAUGUGACCACUGCGCAUCAGUCAGCAACAGAUACUUACGUGACUACACACUCGGCUCACCAAACUACAUCUACACUAUUGCACCAUAAGAGAACUACAGCGGGUUCAGUCGCGCCGUAUGGAUCUGGAAACAAAGGAAAAAUGCCAUUGUUGCUUUAUGGAACAAUAGGGGGAGGUGUAGUAUUGUUGCUGCUUGUCAUAGUAUCAGUGUUCUGUUUCAAGACCCGUUCAAGGCAAAGGUUAAGACAGGGAAGCAUGAAGCUAAAAACUGAUUCCGAAGAGUUUGAAAUGACACCAGUCCAACCCAGAAAUUCAUCCCCUGCAAGAACCAUAUCAGUGCGCAGACUAAGGAACUCUAAUUCAAAGCAGGAUUUACUGGACAUUCACAACCCAGAUGAACGCCGAAUAUCCUUAGAUACCAAUGAGAAUCAAUUUAUCACAUCACAUGGCUUUCAGGAUCACGUGUCAGCUCACGUGAAUCCCAAGAUGACUAUGGAACUUGCCACCACUAGUACAUCGAGACGACAAACAACGGGCGUAUUUCAAGACGAGAUUCGAGUACUUAUCAAAGACGAACCCGAUGACUUAACAUACGACAGUGGCAUUGAGGAGGAGACGUCCGAUGGUCUCCGAAGAUCUCCCCGCCAUACAGAGUUUGAAGUAAGCGAAGAAAUAGUCGAAUGUAUUCCACUCUACCAGGCAGUCAAAAAUUCCAAAAAUGGCAAUAUCUCUUGUCAAACUGACGCCAAAAACGUAAGAGAAAAAUCUGUAGACAAAACCGUCGACGAGGACCUUACUAAAGUUCCCGAGGUUGAACCAUUCUACCAUGUUUUGGAAGGACCUGGAGACGACUGUAGUGAUACUAUUCAGGCGAAGCCUGGAAAUGGGAAAGCAAAAACAGCAAGUUUUUAUCAACCUUUGAUGCUACCUGUAACUGAGCAGGAGAAUUUAACAAAAAAUGUAGACACUGGACAUGGCCGGCGGGAUGAACUUUCAUCAUCAAAUACUGAAUUUUAUCAGUCCUUGACCCCGCCACAGCAUGACAACUCACUGAAUGACAAGUUAGAUUUGACAUCAGAAGUUGGCUUAAAUGAAAAGCUCGGCAACGAUAACAAGGCUAGUGAGCCAUCUAGAGCAAACUACCAGCCUCUUCUCCACAGGAACCUCUCUAAUUUGCUUCCACACAGUGACAGGCCACUAGCUGUCACAGGGAUUUAUCAGCCUUUAAGAGGAAGUCCCGAAAAUACAGUGCCUCUUAUAAGGUCCUCUUCAGCUCCCCAAAGUACUCUAUCGCAUGCUCUGCCCCAGUCCCUCACCUCCAGAAACGAACAGGGUAAUACAGACCCUGUUUAUCAGGCAGUGGCCGAUGAAGAGCGGUGCCCCUUGAACCUAGACGAUCCCAACAUUUCAUUUCCUCCGACAGAACGGCGUUCCCCGUUAGUAAGUCCUGUAGCGCAGAGACGAACAAUCAAUGAACCGACAUACAUGGCAGUUCAGGUGGUGAGUCCCCCGCGACAGAAUCGAAGAACGUUCAACAGCGAAACCGAGCCCAGGUAUAGUCCAUCACCUUGUAGGAAGAACCCCUCCACUCUGCAACGUCCAGGCUCCAAUGCUCCUAGGGGCCACCGACGAAAUCGUAGUGAAGGUGGUCGUACUUUGUCUGCAACGGUUAAUCCCUCGGGUGGAGCGAGAUCGAGUCCUCCUGUUGGUGCACGCCCCCCUAUCGCCUUGCCUCGUCAUCUUGGCCAUCGUCGGAAUAGGAGCGAUAUCGGACUUUGUCCCAUUGAUCGCACUCAAGAGCAGCUAUCAAGGCGUUUGACUUCAACCAGUGACAGUGGGAUUCCACGCACGCCAAGCCUUGGAUCACCAGGAACGCAAGAGUAUCCGAGAUCUGCUAGCGAUACGACACACUGUAGGGUUCAUAUCGGACCUUAGUAGGCUGACAUUACAGUUUGCUUUUGAUCUUUAGGAUCCAAAGAGUCUGGAAUGUGUUUCUCCGACGAAUCUUUACGCUAAAACAAGUACCAGGAAGACAUUAUUGCUUUAUAACAUCAAUUAAUAGUAAAAAUUAAUUGUUCGAAGUGCAUUUUUCUUUAAAUGAGCGACUGACUGAUUUUUGGUCACUUAAUUAACAAUGGAAAUUAUCUAAGAAACUAAAUGAUAUAACACGCUCUCUGAUUGAAAAGCAAAAGGUUUCACACGUCGCUAUUGUAAAUAUGGCUGUAAUGUUUAAUUUCUCUCUUGAGAAAUAGAAUUCUGCUGCUGAGUGCAACUGCCAUCUGCAACCCGGCAGUGUAAUUUGGAAACUUGAAAGUCUUAAUUCGCGCUUUUCAGUAACAGUAACAGCAAUUGAUCCAGGAUCAUGAGUGGCAAACAGAGAAGGCAUGUAUUGAAUGAGCGCCGGGGAAACGAUUAUGUUUCCACUCCAAUUUAAAAUCAUUGUAAACUUUGCUUGGUUUUAACUUUGCCUUUUUCUGAUAGAAAAGAAGUUCUUAUAAUCGUUUUGCAGAAACAUUGUCCAGGACGUUUAGUCAAUUUAGGCCAGUCGAUAGUUUAUGAAAUAUAUUUUAAUUCUCUAGUCUUCACUGAGUAGAAUAAACAUUCAAUUUCUCUUUACUUGUCUCGAGGUUUUUAAAAUACUAGCUGGAAUGUUUUGAAACAUAGAAUGUAUGAUGUAAUUUGCGAAAAACCAACCGAAAUGAAGGCGUGAUCAAUCAUUGCAUGGUUGUAAUCGUAAUUUUGGCAAUUGCAAGUUAAGCCCGAAAAAAAAAUUCGGCGCUUCAACGGCAUUUGAAACCAUGGCCUGUGCGUAAGCGCUGCAGUGCUCUGCCAUCAAAUUACGGGCUGACUUGCAAUUUUCUAAAAUAUUUCCGUUACAGCUGCAAUGAUCACGUAUGCUUUCAUACGGUGGCAAUUUCCUCUUUGGUGAUAGUGACUUUGUAAAUGUUAGCCUUUAUAGCUUAGUGAAUUAAAGUCAUCUAUAUUUUGGUGAAGAGUUCGCUGACCAUGAACUUUUUUAAUUACGGUUAGUUGAUACUCCUAGAAAAACAAAAUGAUCCAAAUAGCGAUCGGCAAUUUGGUCGAUGAUGGUGGCGACGACGAAGAAGACAACGAUGACGAUCACAAAUUUUGAUAAAAUCCGUAAGGCUAGGGAUAGGGUUAAAAGUUGUUUUUGAUAUUUUUUGGGGGGUUAUAAGAUGUUUUUGAUAUGUUGACUGAUUGACUCAGACGGCUCUGUUAAUUUUGAUCAAGGGUGGGUAAUGCUGCUCCACUCGCUGGUGUUAACCCCUUUUUAAGAUCGGCCUAACAAUUCGCUUGUACGCAUUUAUACUCCUGGCCACAGUCGAUCACAGCAAGGUUGAAAGGCUAUCCUUCGGAUAAAUCAC